AUGUUGCUCGCCGCACUGCUGUUCCGAUCGGCGGGAGCAUUUGAGAUUCCAGAGGCGCUCAAGGCGGGAAGAGAGCUGGAACAAGUGCUUCAGAAAGCUCAAAUCGACUUUCCGCUUCUGGAGCUCUCCCACACAGCUCCAUCAGGCGUGCGAACUAGCGCAAACGAGCUCAUGGCCUCAGUUCAGCGAGCGCGCAUCGCCAUUGCGCAGCACGUAACUUCAAUCCGCCACGGAGCGGACGGGUCGGCAGUAGACCAUGCUCGUCGGCUGCAAGACGAGCUCAUGCGGAGAGUCGAGACACACUACUCGGCUCAGCUUCAAGGUGCCGCGGUGGACAAGGUUGAGUGGCAACUUCACCGUGGACUUGCGGAUGGUGUGUCGGCGUCCAAGCAGCCGCACUUUGUGCAGAACAUCCUCCGUCCCGCUCCGGAACUUUCGGAGCUGAUCAGAGCGCAAGACGAGACUAGGUUUAGCUUUGAGCUUCGCCGUCUGCAGGCGGUGUUGAAGCGGAUCAAUCCAGUCAGCGCCUAUAAGCGUUGGAGAACGCGUCGUCUGCUCGCACAGAUCUCCUCGGAGCCUGGCAAGAAGGUGCAAGUCGGAGCGAAGGCCCAGGUCGGGAUGAAUGGCGGUCCGACGCCUUGGAACAUUGACAUGUUGCGCGCUCGUUUGUCGUCGAUCACCGCGCUCCGGUCAACGCAAGUCGCAUCGGAAGCCAGUUUGGCAGAAGCGGAAGCAGCGGCACAGCGGAUCGAAACAGCCGCACCCAUCAAGUCGGACCUCAAGCUGGACAAGCCGCCGCUGCCAAAGAAGACGAAAGCGAAGAAGAUGAAGACGAUCAAGCUUCCGGGAUGGGACGGAGUGAAAGCACCUCGCCGAUGGGCGAAAACGAUGCACCGCGUUGCACCGGUCGACAGCUGGGACGACAUCCCGAUCCCCGGUAUGACUCCUGUCCCUGUCGUGGCCCACUAG